GCAGGGCUCCAGAUUUCACUUCGGGUCGAGUCGGAGCUGCUCGUGUGUUGUCGGGCUCACCCGGCGGUGUGCCAGAGGGCAGAGCGAGCGCAGCGGCCGCUCUCAGCGCUCGAGACCAACGCCAUUCAUCCGAGCGGACCCGCGCGCGAGGGCACACCUGGUCUCACCGAGGAGAGGAGAGCACUUUAACGACACAAAACAGCUCCACACAGCAGCACCCGGGUUAAUCACUUGAGGAAUGCGGUGCCAUUAGGACGAGAGCUGAAAGUUCAUAUCAACUUCAACUUGAGUUAAUUUUCAACAACUUGGCGUGCGAGGAGGAACUUAUCAAAAAAAAAAAAAAAAAAAAAAGGGAUCAUGGCCACAGGCGGAUUUAAGUCAAAUGCCACGACGGACUUUUUGGAAGAAUGGAAGGCCAAGAGGGAGAAAAUGAGAGCUAAAAUGCUCGGGGACAUUGCCGCAGCCACCGGUGCCACUAACGCAAACAGCACCGGCGGCGGCCGCACCGAGCUCAACAACAACGGCAACCCGGACCGGAGCGCCUCCACUGGGAACUGCCUCCCCUCCUCCUACGCGGUGGUUCGGUCCGCCUCCGGCACGGCUCUUAAGAGACCAGAGGAGGAAACGCACCACCCUGCCCACCCUGCUGCGCCCACAGCCACAGCCACCCCUGGGGGCAACCUGAAGAAGGCCCCGCCUCAGAUGGAAAAGGCUCAGCUUUGCGCUUCCCCGGACUCCAGCCCCAUGGCUUGCAAUGACAGUGACAAGGAGAGCCCAUCACCCAGUAAGGGCAAAGAGAAGAAGAGCACCGGUCCCAGUGCCAGGAAGGGGAAAGGACAGAUUGAGAAGAGGAAGUUGAGAGAAAAGAGGAGGUCGACAGGUGUUGUCAGCAUGCCAUCUAAUGAGAGCCUGGAUGAGCUGGAUGACGACGACGCAGGGGAGAAAACCAGGAGGGAGGAGGAGGAGCUGGUUCAGGCCAACACUGUCCAGAACGAGGCCAUGACAGCUGACCCCUCCACUGGCCACUUAAUGGAAACCCCAAGAUCUGGGAGCGGCCGCCACAAGAGCUCUGCAGGACCAGGAUCUGAGGAGGACAUGGGCGGGAACAGCAGACAACGACACAACCGUCAUGGCAGAGACGGAGGAGCUGCAGCAUCAGGUAGUCUGGAGAAAAGGAUGGAGGAGCUGGAAAAGGAGCUGGCCAGAGAGCGUCAGGAGACCGCCAGGUUGCUGAAGGCCCACCAGGACAAAGACGACCUAAUCGGGAAGCUGAAGGAGGAAAUCGACUUGUUGAACAGAGAUCUGGAUGACAUUGAAGAUGAGAAUGAGCAACUCAAACAGGAGAACAAGACUCUGCUGAAAGUGGUGGGUCAGCUGACAAGGUAGAACCGCUCCGCUCCGCUCGGAUCCAACAACCCAGCCUCCCCCCCCGCCCCCCCACCUGAAGAAUUGGAGCAUCUUUAUUGUCUCCCAACCUCCUGCCCUGGGACAAGUUCACCAGCGUGGCCUUUUAUCUGUUUGAUUCUGUCUCUUUGUCUGUUAGAGGUGAAACUGUAAAGUAGUCGUCCUCAGAGCCUCACAGCCUUAAGUGUAUCCCCUGAGGAGGAUUUAUUCCAUUUGUCGUGAUACCUGAGUGAACUAGAGGCUAACUUCUCCUGUCCUGACAUGGGGAUUGUCUGUCAUCGUAUACAUAUUUAAUGUAAAUGUAUUGUAUAUAGGCCAUUUAGAUUGUUCAUUUUUUUUGAUUUUUUUUUUUUUUUUAAGAU